GCGCUCAACCCCUUCUGCAACUUCUCUCUCCAAUCCAGCAAUCCUGAGAUCCCAUCUUUCGGAUCUUCCAAUCCUUCACUUAUCAAUCCAAAGCAGCAAGCAUGGGUGGGUCUCACAGCCGUGAAGAUUUAGAAAUUUCCGAUUCUGACGAAGACAGUUAUUCUCCGAACCACAGCGAUGGAGAAGCAAGCUACCACGAUGCCGAAGAAGAGCACAAAAAUUCUGCGGACCGGAGAAUAGGCACUCCGUCAUCACUCGAUGACGUGGAGGCGAAGCUUAAGGCCUUGAAGCUCAAAUACUCAUCUUCUCAGAAUCCUAAUCUAAAGCAUGCCGUGAAGCUCUACCUUCAUGUCGGUGGAACCACCCCGAAGGCUAAAUGGGUAACUUCUGAAAAACUCACUACUUACAAUUUUGUUAGGACCUCCCGAGUUGACGAUGGUGAUGGAGGUAUUGAUGAAGAUGAAGGUGACGAGGCAGGAGAGUCAUGGUGGGUUUUGAAGGUCGGUUCAAAAAUUCGAGCGAAGGUGGAUACCGAGAUGCAAUUGAAAACUUUUGGGGACCAGCGUCGCGCUGACUUCGUUGCUCGGGGCGUUUGGGCUAUGAAAUUCUUUUCUGAAGAAGAUUAUAAGGCGUUUGUCGUUCAGUUCGAGAACUGUUUGUUUGAGAACACGUAUGGUGUUGAGGCAACGGAAGAAAGCAAGCUUAAGAUUUACGGCAAGGAUUUUAUUGGAUGGGCCAAACCAGAGGCUGCUGACGAUUCUAUGUGGGAGGAUGCCGAGGAUAGCCUUUCCAAAAGCCCUGGUUCUGCAACGCCAACGCCAACAAGAGCAAACCAAGACUUGAUGGAGGAGUUUGAGGAAGCAGCAAACAGUGGGAUACAGAGCUUGGCGUUGGGUGCGUUGGACAACAGUUUUUUGGUUGGUGAUUCUGGCAUUCAGGUUGUGAAGAAUUUUUCUCAUGGAAUUCAUGGAAAAGGUGCUUUUGUGAAUUUUGGCAGUGGAUAUAAAAGUAACGGUUCAUCUUUGGUACAUGCUACGCCCAAAAAGACUCUUCUGAUGAAGGCCGAGACUAACAUGCUCCUCAUGAAUCCAGUUGGAGCUGGGAAGCUUCAUUCAACCAACCUUCACCAGCUUGAUAUUGAAACUGGGAAAAUUGUGACACAGUGGCAGUUUGGAAAGGACGGGGUUGACAUUACAAUGAGAGAUAUCGUCAAUGAUAGCAAGGGAGCUCAGUUGGAUCCUUCAGGAUCUACUUUUCUAGGAUUGGAUGACAAUAGGCUUUGUAGGUGGGAUAUGCGUGACCGCCAUGGAGUUGUUCAGGAUCUGGCUAACUCUAAUACUCCUGUUUUAAAUUGGACCCAGGGGCAUCAGUUCUCACGGGGGACCAACUUUCAAUGCUUUGCCACUACUGGUGAUGGUUCCAUAGUUGUAGGAUCUCUUGAUGGGAAGAUCCGUUUGUAUUCAAUCAAUUCAAUGAGACAAGCCAAAACAGCUUUUCCUGGCCUUGGCUCACCCAUUACACAUGUGGAUGUAACGUUCGAUGGGAAGUGGGUUGUGGGUACUACUGACACCUACUUGGUCCUUAUUUGUACUCUUUUCACUGACAAAGACGGGAAGACAAAAACUGGUUUCAGCGGACGCAUGGGAAAUAGGAUCGCCGCUCCAAGGUUGCUGAAGCUGACUCCUCUGGAUUCACAUUUAGCUGGAACAAAUAAUAAGUUCCGCAAUGCUCAGUUUUCAUGGGUCACAGAGAAUGGAAAGCAGGAGCGCCAUAUAGUGGCCACAGUGGGGAAGUUCAGUGUGAUAUGGAACUUCCAACAGGUGAAGGACGGUUCUCAUGAAUGCUACCGUAAUCAGCAGGGUCUUAAGAGCUGUUAUUGCUAUAAGAUUAUCCUCAAGGAAGAUUCCAUUGUUGAUAGCCGUUUCAUGCAUGACAAAUUUGCGGUCACUGAUUCUCCUGAGGCUCCAUUGGUUAUUGCGACCCCAAUGAAAGUUAGCUCACUCAGCAUAUCCAGCAGGCGAUGAUACCCUUGAUACGCGUUUUAUUUUUAGUCAGCUUUUUCGUAGCAUAACUGCUUAAGUAGCGACAUAAACAUUCUAGAGUUUUCUAAACGUUUUAUUUUGCACUUCGCAAUUGUAUGUAUGAUGUCUGUUUGAAUGGGAAAUUAGAUGUAGUUGUCAAGUUGUACCGGUGUAUUCAUUCUCAGUUCUGUUAAUUUGUAAUGUUGGACCUGAAAGCUUGGAAUAUCAGUCAUCUCCUUUGUUUCUGCUCGGA